AUGAUGAUACCUAUCCGGUGGCAGAGCAGCUCCCGGAGAACUUGGUGCAGCAUUCAUGUUUUGUUGCUGUUGGUUCUUUUGCUGUCCGGAGUACUAGUUAGUGGGAGUCGUGUGAGAUCCAAAAAGCAUAGAACAUCACGCGGGACUUCCGCCGUAGGCCGUUGGCAAUCUAGAACCGAUGGAACAUCCAACGCAAUCCACGAGCUCGGUGUAAAACCGGCACCCUUUUCCAAACCUGCCCAUUCCGGAGCCACGGGUGGUGGGCCAAAGAAGCGAUCCUACUAUGUCCCGGCGGUUACCAAUCUGGAGAACAACCUACAACACUUUAUCAACAACCUCAAGACGGGCAUUGGUUCAUCAAAACUCGCACAUGCGGUGAACGGUGUAACUGGAGCUAUCCAGCAGGCCGUCUCGAUGCCUGGCCAUGGGCCAAUCAACCUGCUCGGCAGUCACCGACCAGUGGCGGGCAUACAUAAUGCCGCCGGAUACUAUUCCAACGCAAACGAGCUGCGCUAUGGACAACCGUUCAGCAAGCAGGCAGGCGGUCACUUCAAAACGUCUCCAGUUGUCUAUGGCAAGAAAAAUGUCCAAGGACCUAAACGUGGCCGACAUUCAUCGACUGCAUCACCACCGGGGAAGUACGAUUCGUUGAUGUCUGAUUUGGGCAUCUCGGGGUACAAACACUUUGAGAACGCCGUAAUCCGGGAUUUGGAACGACGUGAAGAGCUCAAGGUGGAAGCGACCAUCCAUACGCUGUUCCCGGAUGCAAGCGAUGAUGACUGGCGACCAAUUGCAUCCAUCAAGAAAACACCGCUUACGAGCAGUGUCGUCCGUGGUGCGGCACCGGAACUUUCCGAGUCGAAGAUCGUUACCUCACUAACAGCGGGUCCGUCCGACAAGCGCCCUCUAGAUACGACUGUGCGUAGCGCGAAACCGAAACCAACAGCUACCGGGGCAAGUUCGGCAGUUCGGUACGGUUUGACGAAUACCUCCGUAAGCCCCAAAUCUACAACUGCUCCGAACCACAAGCAUCGCUCGAAGACGGCUUCAAUUGGAAAGGAAAAACGGACCAAGGAUCGUGUUAAAUGUUCGAACUGUGUCACGUCUACCUCUACCACGGUAUCCUCUCGGCCCUCGUCAUCCGCAACGUAUCCAACCACACCGAAACAACCCCCGGCAGUAGGUGCUCAGUCACAACGGUUCGGUCCUACGUACGAUGCGUCAAUGUUCUACGGCAAUAAUGGUAAAGCACCGGCAGCUGUAGCUCAGUCUUACAGCAAUGUGGAGGUGCAGUACAACAAUCGUACCAUCGCACCACCGUUCGCCGUUAGUCCUUGGACGCAGAUGGCAUCGGUCGGACAGGAAGAGGUUAGCACUCAAUCUGCCCCGCCCGUAACCACCUUCACCGCACUCACAGAACCAUCGUCCAGCGUCAGCAGCAAUGGCUUGGCAAGCUUCUACAGUGCUGGCGUAAAGAAGAGUUACAUCAAAACUCCCAAACCGUACGUACCGGGAACGGUGUACGUGGGACAGACUGAUGCCACGGUUACUUCGACCACCACUCACAAACCGACUGGCGGCUCGCAAGGGACGAAAGGUACGACCAAGAAACGAACGAACCACCACCACAAUCAUCACCACAACCGGCCCGAAACUGGCUCGUCCGCGGCCAGCCACCGCCGGGCGGCUGAGAAACCCGGCGACAGUGUCGGUGCCGGCUCGAGUAAAACCGAACUGCGGGUGAAGAAAAAGUUCGAUCCAAAGUACAGCCGCAAUCGGGGCACGAUCAAGUUUAAGGAUGCGCUCGAGAAAAACCCCGACCAGAUCUACCGAUAA